AAAGUGACUAUGCGCGUUGGGUUAAACAAGAAUACGAAAGAGAUGAUCUUUUACUGAAAAUAAAAUCAAAUAUUUUUCGUCAAGUUUCUAAUAGGUCUGAGAGUUCUCUUGUUAAAGCUAUCGCACACUUAAUCGAGGCUUCUUUACGCUGA